AUGCUGACGGGCCGAAUGCAACUCAAUUCACGUCUGCUCAAUUGUCUUGUCGCAUUUUAUGCCGGUUGCCGCAUGGUUUGGAGGACAACUCCUGCCACAAUUGCAGACACGUCUGCACGCACACGCGUGCACGUACACGCAGACUGGCUGUGUGACGAUAGUCAUCUUCGAGCAGGCUCAAAGUCUACCACCGUCUCAGAUCCAGCCAGGACUCAUCGCCAUGGCAGCCCCAGUUUUUUGGUGGAAAACCGAUAA